AUGCAGACCCCCAGGCCCUCACUCGAUCCCAUCGACUUGUCGGGCCUCAAGGUCCCAAAGGUGGAGCUGGUCUCGGAUGACAGCGAUAGCGAGCACCCACCUCCAGCUCCCCGCACCAGCACCGGCCAGACCUACCAGGUCGACGACGACGGCUUCAUCGACCACCACCGCGUCGCCCUGUCGCCCCAGAAGCUCUCUCUCAUCGGCCCCAUUAUCGAUCAGUGCCGCGUCACAUACAAUGUCCAGGCGUCGGUGGCGCGCAGCCAGCUAAACGAGACUUCGACCAAGCGCAAGCGUCUCCAGAAGGAGCUCGAAAAGGUCACCGCCGAGGAGGAUCGUCUGAAGAAGAAGGUCAAGAAGGCGAUUGAAGACUAUAACAACAACGUCUCGGAUCUCAUUGGAGUCGCCAAGCGCCUCAAGUGA